AUAACCUUAAUUUAAUUUAAAGUUUAUUAAAAAAAAUAACAAGGUCUAGUCAAAUAUAAUUUAACAUUAUACUAUCAAUAAGUCCAUACGGUACCAUUUCUAUCUUAUGAAAAUAUAAUUUUCAUUCUCAAAUAUGGGUUGAAAUUACUAAUGUCAAUAUUGGUACGUUUUUUCUAAAAAUAUGUGUUAUGCAGAAGAAAUAGAUAAACAUGCUUCACCAUUACAAUCUGCAUUUGCUGGUGGAGCGGCUGGUGCUGUUACGAGAGCAAUAGCACAACCUUUGGAUGUUUUAAAAAUAAGAUUUCAAUUACAAACUGAACCUAUCAAACUAGGCUCUAAAUACAGUUCUAUGAUCCAAGGACUGUCUUCAAUCGUUAAGGAAGAAGGGUUUUUCGCACUAUGGAGCGGUCAUAUACCUGCACAAUUGCUGUCAAUAUCUUAUGGUGUACUACAAUUUUCAACAUUUGAAAAACUUACAGAAUUAUGCAAGACAUCAGAUCCCAACUUUUAUGUUGAACAUAAACAUUGGUUAAACUUUACGAAUGGGGCCACCGCGGCAACAGUAGCUACGAUAGUUUCAUUCCCAUUUGAUACUAUAAGAACAAGACUAAUUGCAGAACAAAAGACACAGAAAGUGUAUAAAGGUUUUUUAAGUGCUUUCUCUAUCAUUAUUAAGACUGAAGGCAGUAAGGCGUUGUUCAAAGGUUUAGUACCAACAUUAGCCCAGAUAGCACCUCAUGCAGGAAUUCAGUUUGCAGUGUACAAAUUAUUAACAGACAAUAUUUUUAAUAGGAUAAAGUUUUUUCAGAGAUCUACAACAUUUGGAGUUAUUGAAUCAUCAUUGUUAGCUAAUUUCUUAGCUGGUGGUAUAGCAGGAAUUGUAUCUAAAACUGCUAUAUAUCCAUUUGAUAUGGUUAAAAAAAGGUUGCAAAUACAAGGAUUUCAGCAACAUAGAAAAGGUUUUGGUAAACAAAUGUAUUGCAAUGGAUUAUUGGAUUGUAUUAAACUUACUAUAAACGAUGAAGGGUUUCUAGCACUUUAUAAAGGUUACGGACCCAGUGUACUUAAAGCUAUUUUAGUGUCAGCUUUACAUUUUGCUGUUUAUGAUGAGAUUAAAUACUUUUUAUUGAGAUUAUAACAUUAACAUUUGAAUACACACUUAGCAAGUGUUGCCAUUUUAUGACAAUUUUAAAUUGUCAUAAUAAGUAGUAAAGGCAUGUCAGUAGUGUAAUGUAUAAUAUUUAGUCCAAAGAUUUAAUAUUAGAUAUAAUUACUUAGAAAAAGGCUGGAGAAAGUUGUUCUAGUUUAUGUAUUAAAUACUGAAAAUUGGAUCAUCUUUUCAUUUCAUCAGUGUUCUGUUUAUUGUCUACAUGAAUACAAACAAUGUCUAAUAAAAUCUUACUCUACUAUUUAAGUUAUAAAAUUGAUAUGUGCUUCAUAAACUUGUAACUCUGAUUGUACUUUAGUAUUUUAAUACCAGUAUUUUUGUGUUAAAUAU